AUGACCGAUAUCAACAACUCUUAUUUCCAGAAAGUCGUCCGGAUGUCUUCACCAGAUCAAAUAGGUGAUAUCAACGGGAUGUGGUUUGAAGGAAAAUUUCAGGCAGUUGCAAUGGGAGACAUAUCAGCCACAACCCAAUCUAUAAUUGAAGUGAAAGGAGACCAUACCUCCCAAGCAUCCAAAUUCAGUGUCAUACUAGGACCGACCUCUGAUAAUCCAGGAGGAUUCACUAUUGGCGAAUAUUACAACCUUCGAGGAGAAUUACCGACGAAUGGAUUAAAGGCGGAAUUAAUGACUCGUGCCAAGUACGAUGUUUCUGGUGGAUUGAUGGCGGACAAGGACCACACCUGUGUUCGGUUAAUGUAUCGCGCCAACUUCUCCUGCAAGUUGACUUACGGUAAAACUUAUGCCAUAGAGGGUUUUCUUGUUGGGGCAAAGAGGCACGAAAUGCCAUUCAUAAUGUUCAACAUUAACAACACCCGGGAAGUUCCGACUACGCACGCCAGCGGAGAAACUCGAGUUCAUUCACUAGGUGUUAUUGUUCAGACUUUACACUCUAAAUCAAGCCUGGGGCUUCAAGGGCCCAUCUCCUUAAUCAUAAGACAUGAUGGAGUCGACGAAAAUGACCCGGAGAAUGAUAGCAUGCUUGUAAAUUAUGUCGUCCCAUCUAAGAUUAUUCCCGAUGAUGAGGUUAUAUUACUCUCAGCGGGGAAGCGAGUCUUAUUCCGUGGAACAUUGGCCGGUUGGAAUCGGGAACUGGAUAUGAUGAGGGUAGAGGUUACCAGUGGAGAUUUAGACAUUCAAGACGAAGAGUCAUACAGCGAUUAA